AUGGCUUCAGCAGGGUACGCGGUGUUUGGGAUGGACUACGAAGGCCACGGUCGGUCCAAGGGCGCCCGCUGCUACAUCAAGAAGUUCGCCAACAUUGUAAAUGACUGCUUCAACUAUUACACCUCUAUCUGUGCAAAGGAAGGAUACAGGGAGAAAGGGCGAUUCUUGUAUGGGGAAUCAAUGGGAGGCGCAGUGGCCCUGUUGCUUCACAAGAAAGACCCUUCCUUCUGGAAUGGUGCCAUUCUUGUCGCUCCAAUGUAUAUCAGAGAAAGUGAAGCCGCAUCCGGUGGUGAUAAAUCUGCUGACAAGAGUGGAAGAGAUCAUUCCCAAGUGGAAGAUUGUUCCAACAAAGGAUGUCAUCGACGCUGCCUUCAAGGACCCCAUCAAGCGAGAAGAGGUUAGGAACAACAAGCUGACAUACCAGGACAAGCCCAGGCUCAAAACUGCCCUCGAAAUGCUCCGAACCAGCAUGAACCUCGAAGACACUCUUCAUGAGAUAACAAUGCCGUUCUUGGUGCUGCAUGGGGAGGCAGACACGGUGACAGACCCAGAGAUAAGCAAAGCAUUGUACGAGAAAGCAAGCAGCAUAGACAAGACCAUUAAGCUUUACCCUGGAAUGUGGCAUGCGCUGACGUCAGGUGAGCCCGACCACAACGUUGACCUCGUCUUUGCUGACAUCGUCUCCUGGCUCGACCUCCGUACCGGCGACGCUGCUUCCCUCACCGUCACUCCCAUCCGCCACGACUUUAACUUCUCAGCCAAGAAGGCAACUGACGGAGAAAAGAGACCUAAACGGUCACAGGGCAGUCUCCUCUGCGGAUUGAACGGUGGCCGUUUGCUCCAUCGCUCCGCUAUGUAAUAAACAACAAUAAUGGAUGAACUUGUCCUGAGGAGACAGACAUUGUUGUUGUUUUUAGGGGUAAUGCAAUAUU